AUGUGGUACGACUUGGAUACGUUCCUACUGGACCAAGUCAGCGAGGUGCUGGACAAGCUCGAUGAGGGCAGCCUCGAUGACGCGAUAUGGGGAAAAAUUGUGGUCAUGGAAAAGUGCAAGCGGGUGGCAAAAGCGUAUCUCAGAAAAACAACGAUAAUCGUGGAUGGAUCUGAGGAUGAAUUCGACGGUUCCACACUUGGCUUUAAUGCCUUUGACAAUACGUAUCGUGAUGAAUACACGGAUGAAAUCCGACAAAAGAUUCAGGACGGUGUCAUCCUGAAAGUCGACUACCAGGGCAAUAUCAAGGGAAUGUCAAGAGGGAUGGCUCCGGUUAUUUGCCUCGGUUUCAAAGACAGUGAACGUCGGAAAAACUGUAUUUCGGAUCGGUUAGCACGGCUACAGGGUCGUUUGAAUACAAGUGAAGAAGAUAAAGCUUUCAAGCUGUUCGACAUGAAACGUUUCAAAAGCGCUCUGGACCGUGAGAUAUCCGAUGGACAACCUGAUGCCAGAAAUCUUUUAUUAAAAACGGCGAUCCGCGUAGCGUUGGUCAAGGAUGGAGGCGAUAUGAAUAGAACUCCCUGUUGGUUUACCGUCAUUAAUUUAAUUGCUCUUGAUACAUUGAAGUCACGAAUUCCAAAUAUUAAGAAUAUGGCCGCUACAAAUCGAGAGUCAGCUUAUUCCUCCCUGCCAACUUUGGUCGCCCCAACUCCAUUGCCCUUCAGUCAAUCAAAUAAUAAUGGGCAGGAAAGUAUCUAUGGCUUGAAUUCGAAUGGGAAUUCUGGAGACGCCACGCAAGCUCUCACACAGCUCAUCGCUGCCGCGGUUAAACAAGCUAGCACAGGUCAAACCGUCUCCCAAUCAAUGCACAAUCUACCAGUAUCCGUGGACCAGUUGGCCACUUUGGCCACCAGCCUCUCGAUGGGAAAACCGGAGACGCAGCCUGGGCAGAUACUUGCCCCACAAGUUGGCAUCAAAGGAGACCGGAAAGACCGAAGAAGGAACUACAAAGUACCCUCGGCUGACGACAGUUCUGGAGAGGAUUCAGCCUUGCGAUCGGAUAGUACCCAGGGAGAUGUGCAACCAAGAUCUCGUGCCAAAAGGUGGGACCAAACAACCAAAUCCAUCGACGCGAUUGUCCAACAGACGGCUUCGAUGGUCCCCACUCGGUCUCGCUCUCCGGACGUAUGUGGUGAUGUAGCGCCGAAAAGGCGCGGUCCGCCCCGGCCUCGUCUUCAGGAUGUCAUGUUUGAUCGCUCGUACUCAACCACCUCCGAUUACGACUCUAACAGGGAACUGUUUGACUCCGGAAGCUGGAGUUCGAAUGGAUCAAACUGUUAUCAGGGCCGCUCCCCCUCUUCAUCCGUGGUUUCUGACUCUGAGGGCCACGGACGUGUAGCCAGGGGUCCGAAACUGGAAGCUCAAGAAAAACCACAACCCAAACCGCAGCAUCCGGUCACUAAUGAAACACCCCUGGCUCGGCAACAUGUCAUCAGAAAAGAACUGCACUCUGAGUCCUCUAACCAUUCACAAGAAGCACGGCCACGUGCCGAAAUCUACGACCCGGAGAGGCGGGAAGUGGAAAAUGGGACACUGGAUCAUCUGGGUGGAUCGGAGAGGAAGCCGAGAUUGACGUUCCGGAUGGCUUCUGGAGGGCAAGCCCAGAGCCCACCCACCAAGCCACCUCCGCCCCCGAAUUACGAUGAUCCCGAAGACCUUGUGUCGGAGCAACUUUGGGAGAAGCAACGUCCCGCGUCGGGCAGUCAGAGAGCGGCUUCGUUUGUGGGCGAACUCCGGCGGGUCCUGCUCAAAAGGAACAGCUUCAAGGAAAAGGAGCCCAACAACAACACGAAGGAGCAGCCCUCCCUGUUCCGCAAAACAUCAAAACCCAAAAGCGGGUUGCCGCCGAUUGGGGAUCCGUCGAAGUCGCAGCCAGGGAAGCGCCCCGGAAGGCCACCAAUCCCGCCGUCGCACCGAGAAGAAUCGCGCCAGGAGCCAUACACCCUCCCGAUGUCCCGUCCGGCGACAGCUGUGCCGCCGGCAGCCAAUCGGUACGAAGACGUCUCGCCGGAGCGUGGAACACUCUCCUACGGCGACGAACGGAAAAGGAACGGCCUCCGCAGGACGCACGCGAUCAAUUCUGCACAAUCGGCCCGCUCGGCGAGCAGCAUCAGCCACCACGUCGGCGCACCUUUUACGGAACAGUACUCGGGUUCGGCCAUGGGACACUACAGG